AUGAUCCAGGAGAGGACCCAGGAGAGGACCCAGGAGAGGACCCAGGAGAGGACCCAGGAGAUGAUCCAGGAGAGGACCCAGGAGAGGACCCAGGGGAGGACCCAGGAGAGGACCCAGGAGAGGACCCAGGAGAGGACCCAGGAGAGGACCCAGGAGAGGACCCAGGAGAGGACCCAGGAGAGGACCCAGGAGAGGACCCAGGAGAGGACCCAGGAGAGGACCCAGGAGAGGACCCAGGGGAGGACCCAGGAGAGGACCCAGGAGAGGACCCAGGAGAGGACCCAGGAGAGGACCCAGGAGAGGACCCAGGAGAGGACCCAGGAGCCUCCGGAUAAUAGAUGUGAAGGAGACGUAACGGUCAGAGAAGGAGACGUAACGGUCAGUGAAGGAGACGUAACGGUCAGACAAAGAGACGUAACGGUCAGACAAAGAGACGUAACGGUCAGUAAAGGAGACGUAACGGUCAGAGAAGGAGAUGUAACGGUCAGAGAAGGAGACGUAACGGUCAGAGAAGGAGACGUAACGAGAAGGAGACGUAACGUAACGGUCAGAGAAGGAGACGUAACGGUCAGAGAAGGAGACGUAACGGUCAGUAAAGGAGACGUAACGGUCAGAGAAAGAGACAUACCGAGAAGGAGACGUAACGUAACGGUCAAAGAAGGAGACGUAACGGUCAGAGAAGGAGACUUAACGGUCAGAGAAGGAGACGUAACGGUCAGUAAAGGAGACGUACCGGUCAGUAAAGGAGACGUAACGGUCAGAGAAAGAGACGUAACGGUCAGAGAAGGAGACGUAACGGUCAGUAAAGGAGACGUAACGGUCAGAGAAGGAGACGUACCGGUCAGUAAAGGAGACGUAACGGUCAGAGAAAGAGACGUAACGGUCAGUGAAGGAGACAUAACGGUCAGUAAAGGAGACGUACCGGUCAGAGAAGGAGACGUAACGGUCAGUAAAGGAGACGUAACGGUCAGAGAAGGAGACGUAACGGUCAGAGAAGGAGACGUAACGGUCAGUGAAGGAAUCGUAACGGUCAGAGAAGGAGACGUAACGUAA